GCAUUAUCGGCUAGUUCGUCACAGCGUCAAGAAUCCCGUCGACAGGACUCUCGUCGUCCCCGGCGUCCAAAAUGCGCUCUUUCUGCUCGUUUCUACUUCUACUGGCGGUCACCCUCGUCACCGCCGACGUCUACUUCGAUGAGAAGUUCCUUGAUGAUUCCUGGGAGAAGAAUUGGGUGUACUCAGAGCACCCCGGGAAAGAAUUUGGAAAGUUUGUGCUGAGCCAUGGAAAAUUCUGGAACGAUCCAGAAAAUGAUAAAGGUAUUCAGACUUCUCAGGACGCGAGAUUCUACGCUCUGAGCAGAAAAUUCAAGCCCUUCAGCAACAAGGACAAGCCUCUCGUCGUUCAGUUCACCGUCAAGCACGAACAGAACAUCGACUGCGGCGGUGGAUACCUGAAAGUGUUCGACUGUUCGUUGGAUCAGAAGGACAUGCACGGAGAAACUCCGUACGAGAUCAUGUUUGGACCUGAUAUUUGUGGGCCUGGAACAAAGAAGGUUCACGUAAUCUUCAGCUACAACGGCAAGAAUCUCUUGAUCAACAAAGACAUCCGUUGCAAAGACGACAUCUACACUCACCUGUACACAUUGAUCGUUCGUCCCGACAACACAUACGCUGUCCUCAUCGACAACGAGGAGGUCGAGACUGGUGAGCUGGAGGCGGACUGGGACUUCUUGCCCCCGAAGAAGAUCAAGGAUCCGUCUCAGAGCAAACCAGAUGAUUGGGACGACAAACCCACCAUUCCUGACCCAGACGAUCAGAAACCAGAGGAUUGGGACAAGCCAGAGCACAUUCCUGACCCUGAGGCAUCCAAACCAGACGACUGGGACGAUGAAAUGGACGGAGAGUGGGAAGCCCCCAUGAUCGACAAUCCUGAGUACAAGGGCGAAUGGAAACCAAAACAAGUCGCCAACCCCAGCUACAAGGGACCCUGGAUCCACCCAGAAAUCGAUAACCCCGAGUACACUCCUGACCCUGAACUCUACAUGAGGGACGAGAUUUGUGCUGUUGGCUUCGACCUCUGGCAGGUUAAGUCCGGAACGAUUUUCGACAACGUCCUCAUCACGGACGACCCAGAAGUUGCCCAGAAAUUCGGCGAAGAAAUUUGGAAGCCCACUCUCGAAGGCGAGAAGAAGAUGAAAGAGGCUCAAGACGAGGAGGAAAGAAAGCAGCGAGAAAAGGAGAACAAGGCGAACGAGGAUAACAAGGACGAUGACGAAGACGAGGAUGCUGAUGAUGAGGAGAACAAUGUCCCAGAUACUGAGGAGCAUGACGAAUUGUAAAUAGACGUGUCUCGAUCGACACGAACACAGACUGUAUUCCAGGAGCUGUGUGGCCGCGACACGCACCACUUUCGAAAGCAAGAUCACAUGAAAAAUAAAAAGAAAGAACAUUGUCGUAAACGUAAACAUUUCAUUAUCGAAUUCUGACUCGUGGGAAAUUUUUAAACAGCGAGUUCCAAAGGUUCUCUUUAUUUUCUUCGAGCCAUGGCCUCGUCUUCGCAGCCUAAAUAUUUCACCCUAGUCUUCGAUUUUUCGUUCGUGUUCUACGAAACUUCGCGAGAAACAUCAUCGAUUAAUCGAGUGUCGAAUCAAAGUGCUCGUUAUGCUGCCGAAGAUACAUAUACAUGUUAUAUACACAUUACGUUAUAAAUUGUGUAUAUAUAUACACAUUACAAUAUAAAUUGCGUGUAUAUAUAUAAUGUAUAUGUAUUACGCAAGUAAUCUUGCCCCAGUGUCCCCACCAUGGCACAGCUCCACAAAAGACUCUAAGUUGUUCCGUUUUUGUUUGUCAAGUGUUUUUAUAUACAAUUAAAAAGUAAUUGAGAUGUAAUUUAAACGAUGCUAUAUUAUAUAUAAAUAUAUAUAUAUUAUAUAUUAUUUCAAUUUCCGUACAGUGUACGCGUAUUAAAAAAAAAAAAGCUCGUUCCAAUUGAAAGAAUAAACAAAAAAAAGAAUAGAGUGAUUGGGAUGUGUGCUACAUGACUGAGUGACUACAUAAAUUGGUAUGAUUCAUGUAUCGAAGGUAACCAAUGUAAUAAAAUAAGUAAGACUUUUCUAGA